CCCGCCCCUUCCUCCGGCCAGCAUGGUGGUGUUGAAGGGCGUCCCCGCGCUGCUGUCCCCAGAGCUGCUUUACGCCCUGGCUCGGAUGGGGCACGGAGACGCAAUUGUUCUCGCAGACGUGAACUUCCCCACUUCCUCCAUCUGCAAGUGUGGCCCCGAGGAGAUCCGCGCGGACGGCCUGGACAUCCCGCAGCUUCUGGAGGCUGUGCUGAAACUGCUGCCCCUGGACACCUACGUGGAGAGCCCGGCUGCUGUCAUGGAGCUGGUGUCCAGCGACAUGGAGAGGGGCCUGCAGACCCCGGUGUGGAAGAGCUACCAGUCCAUCCUCCUGGAGGCUGGCUGUUCGAAGCCCCUGGCACAGAUAGAGCGGUUUGAGUUUUAUGAGCAGGCCAAGAAGGCUUUUGCUGUUGUAGCAACUGGGGAGACGGCCCUCUACGGAAACCUCAUCCUCAAGAAGGGGGUGCUGGCCCCCGAAGACCUGCUGUAGGCUGGAGAGGAAUCAGGACCCCUGAGCCCAGCACCUCCAGCAGGCCCUGUCCCGCCUGGUGACACCCAGACUUCACCUACCCAGGGCUUGGGGGCUGGCAGGUCCUGGGGGGCUGCUGAGGGGCUGGGACUCUCCCGAUCUGCAGAAUAAUGGGAAAAUGCAGUGACUUGUCAACAA